UCUUGUUAUUAUCAUAAAGUUAAUAAAAGUUUUCUUACCUUCAUACCUAUAAUUCUCUUGAAUUUCAUGUGUCAACAAAAACAGGCCUGUUACUGGAAUAGAUAACCAGAUAAAUACCUACAACGAGUUGGCAGUUUGAAAUUUGGCGCCUCAUCGACGACCAAGUUACUGUCAAUCCCAUUAUCCAAGCCCGGUGACCAGAGAACUCACCUUUCAAUAAUUCCUUUAACAACGUACAAAUUGGUUAUAAAUAAUUCUAUAUGGCAUCGCUUACACAGUUUACCUCUGAAACAGCAAAAGCUGCUUUAACAGAUAUUCUUGCGGCGUUGAAUUCACCAGACAAUGUACAAAAAAUAACCGAAGCUAAAGAAAAUUCUGGGAACGAAAUGCUGAAGAUGAUGCAGUUUGUUUUUCCAAUUGUCACGCAAAUUCAAAUGGAUGUUAUUAAAAAUUACGGUUUCCCCGAAGGAAGAGAAGGUACCGUACAAUUUGCGCAAUUCAUUAGGACCCUCGAACGCGAUGAUCCUGAGAUUGCGCAGCUUCAUGGUCAAGUUCGUGCAUAUUUUUUACCACCUGUAACUAUAAGUUCGUCAACAGAGGCAUCGCUUUAAAAUUAUCUUUCAUAUUUUUAAAUGCCAAAAGUAUUCGCUGAUAAAAUUCAGAGGAAGGUAUUUGGUAUUCGCAAUUAUUAAUCAAAUUAUAUUAUAGAUACAUAUUAACUAGGAACGGAUUAUAAUUAUAGAACUAUUUAUAAUAUACAUGUAUAAAGCAUUUAUUAACUUUAAGGCAAGUUCUUGUGGGAUCCCCUAUUCAUAUUGUUAAGUAUAAAUUAUUACAUUUUCUUUUUCACAAAUGUAGAAUUGUAUUGUAUCGUACAAGUAUAACUUAAUAAAUUACUUUUCAUCAGAUUUAUAAUUGUUUCCGGUUGAAGAACCUGAUAAAGAAAAUAUUGUUCAUUUCUAAAAUGGAAUCCGCAAACUUAUCUCUACAUUUUUUUAAGUCUGAGUAACUUCACUGAAUAUUUUAAUUUAUACUAGACGAAACAUUUUUACAACAUCAAUUCGACGACUAUCAAU